AUGUUCAUUACAAGGCGCCUGCUAGGGCCUGGCCAUCCAGUCGCCAAUCCCCUCCCAGUUCCUACAGCUGAUGGUCCAGCCAGAUACUACAGAUUUAAAUUGAGGCCGAUUCGGAAGGAUUACUGGAAUGUUUUGUGCUUUGCAAACUCUGAAAAACUUAGGAAAACUUCCACCGAGCUGAUUAAUAAUUACCUUUCAACUGGAAAACAAGUUAAGUAUUUAGAGUACUCAGAGUCCUCAAAUUAUUCUGAGGGUAAAAAUGACAAAUUAUUACACUCCGAUGAACUUAGUGGCUCAGAAGAUAAAUCUCCCAAAGAUAAAUUAAAAUCCAAGACAAAAGGGUUUUGGAUAGUUUACAGUAAAAGGUUUAAAGAAUCAAUCCAUCUACUUAGUGUAUCUGAUAUCGCAAAUAUACUUAAAUCAUUUCACAUUUAUAAUAAAGACUCAGGAGAGUAUGUAGUUGCCGUUUUGGAACUACAAAGAAGAGUUAGGGAACUCGACGCGAAAUCACUUUUGGAUGUACUAUGGGUUCUUUCAAAACGUUUGAAGCAAAAUACACAGAAACAGUUCUUUAAAUCAUUGGCAACCCAUGUUCCAAAUGUCCUAUACGCACUCAAUGGAAAUGACAUUGUGAAUGUGUUAUGGAACCUGUAUAACGCAGGGUACACUGACGUGGAAAUAUGCAAUAGAGUACAUUUGAAGUUCAUGGACUAUUUAGAUCAGAUGAACGAACAGAGUCUGAGCGCUGCCUGUUUGGCAUUUGGUAGAUAUGGAUACAGAAACAUGGACUUGUACUCAAGAAUAGAGCCUAGAAUCUCAAAAAAUUGCAAUGCGGAAGUACUUUUCCAGGCAGCCUGGGGACUGUUUAUGGCUGCAAUUGACGUGACCAAGCUGAUUUCAGAGAGAACCGAAACCUUGGUCAAUGCUCUGGAAGGUUCGCCAAGGUGGAAGUUGAAGGUUUGGAAGACCAUCCUAAAUAGUACAAAUUGUGAUGAGGAUUUGAAAAGGACUGUGGAUGACCAUCUAAAAAACACAUAAUCUGGAAUUGAAUUGAUUCACUGAUAGUAUCAUAGGUAUAUCCAUAAGUUUGACGUAUUUUUAUGGUUAAUUCUGGUCAAUUUUGGAAAAAAUUGAAAAAAAAAUCUGAAAUGGAUGGGGUGUGUAAGUCUGGCAUGAACAGAAAGAUCUCAAACAUUUAAAAUAGGUCUAGAUAUAUA